UUCGCUCGCCAUUCUUUUGGAGCUAAAAUAAUAGUAAACAAAGCAUCUGGUAUGUUUUCAGUUUGUUCAGGCGAAUCAACGAGUUAACAUUUCAAUUAGAUUAGAGUUGCUAGUUAGAGCAAUUUGCAUCUGGUUUCAUUAGAAGUUUUUAGAGAAUUUUCAAAUUUAUAUAAUUUGAUGCUGUUUUUGGAAUUUAUGAAGACGCAGUAUUCAUCUUGAAUUAACAUCAAGCAAUAUAUAAAAGAAGAAGACAUACAUCAAGCAUAACAAUAGAAUAAAAAGAAAAAAUUACGCUUUUAAAAAAAUAUGGAAGAAAAUAUUUUCGAAUCUUUUGAUAAAAACGAAAUUAGACCAGAAAAAUCAAGAACACAAGAAUCAAAUUCUUUCUCGAUUUCUCAUCUGCUUUCAAUGCCAAAUACAAAAACUGAAUCUUCUGUGCAUAAGCUGUCUAGUCCAACGCUUCAACCUGAAAUACAAUUUCUUCAUAAUGUUUCUUAUUGUGGCAGUCGAACUUCUGUACACAACAAACCCCACCUAUCACCGUCUACACAAAUCGGAAUCCACCAAAUUGGAAAAAAAGAUGAAAAAUCAUUGCUAGAAGGUUCUUUGAUUGACAGAAGAUUCCAAGGAAAUGUUAGACAGCUUAAUAGAUAUCUGCCUGAAGACUUUAAAGUGGGUGCUAGUUUUUAUCCAUAUCAGUUGAAUACAGCUCAGCUGAACAAUUUAGUCUACUUAUGUGAAACAUCGCAAAGUCUACCACAUGGAUUCAUACCAGUGUUACCCUAUGGAGUUGGUGGAAGAAUACUUAAAGAGCGCUCCGCUGAAUCUCCAAGUUUUCAAAAAGUGACACUCAGACAUCACAAGAAAAACCGCAAGCCCCGCACUCCAUUCACGGCGGAACAGCUUAUGAAACUAGAGAACAAAUUCCGCUCAAAACAAUAUCUAAGCAUAGCGGAACGUGCGGAAUUAAGCUCGUUUUUAAAAUUGAGCGAAACGCAAGUUAAAAUAUGGUUCCAAAAUAGGAGAGCCAAAGACAAAAGGCUAAGAGAAGCAGAACUUGAAAGACUGCAACUGGCCAACAGAAUGGUUUUGGGUUGUACUUCGGCACCAAAACUCAUUUAUCAUAAUCCUUUCGUAUGUCCUUCCAACACGUUUCCAUUGGGAAUGGGAGUUAAAUAAGUUGUUGUGCGUAACAUCACUGCAUUAAACUUCUUAAAACUUUUC